AUGCGUCGUGGCCAGCAGCGCCAUGCGCCCUGCGCUCCUGCCGUGGUCCUGCUAUGCAUCCUCCUGGCGGCAGACUACAGUCGCGGCUUUGUCCAAGGCCGAGCUGCGCGAGCUGCAUUCCAGCAGACGACCGUCGCACGGCAGGCUUCUUCGUACAGCUUCGACGCCCUCUCGCUGUCCAGCACAGAGAGAGAACGAGUCCUCACCGAGCUGGCAGAGAGGCUGCAAGUGGCCAAAGCAAUGCAGGUGCCCGCGAGCAGCGUGCAAGCUUACCUGGAUGACUGCCUCCAAGCCAUGCCGCCGUCGAAUCCGUACCACGGCCCAAGCCAUGUCGUUGAUAUCCUUCAGUUUCUGGUGACAUUGCUGGAAGAGACUGGCUUGGACAAGGUGCUUUCGCCCGAGUCCCGCGCUGCGCUUUUUCUUGCUGGCGCUGCGCAUGAUGUAGACCACACCGGCACUACGAAUGCCUUCCUCGUCAGCCUUGGCCACGCGUACGUGGAGGAGAUGGAGGAUGGCGUCGGCCCCAUGGAGAGCCACUCCGCUCGCCGUGCGGCGGCACUCCUCGAGGAGCGGCGCCUGCGUUUGUCGCCAGCCCCUGUCCUGCUGCAAGAUGUCGUGAGGGCGACCAUCCACGGGACAGAUUUGGCAAGGCAUCAGCAGAUCGUAGAUACCUUUAGCGCUGAGAUGGAGGCAGCAGUGACAGAAGAAGCUGUGGCUGCCUUCUUCUCGCUGCAGAGCCCGCAAGGACAGCUGCUUCUCCAGCUUCUUCUCAAGGCCGGCGAUGUCAGCAACCCGACCAGACCACUGGCUACAGCAAAGGCAUGGAACAGCCAGGUCUACCAGGAGUUUUACGCAGAGGGUGAUCAGGUGUUGUCUGCUGGUGGCAAGCCCAACCCUCUGCAUGACCGCAGAACAAACAGCAUUCCCAAGUCCUCUGUGGGCUUCAUCAAGUGGGUGAAGUGUAUCUUUAACCUCCUGAAGGAGUUCCUGGUUCGGUGUAAAGACGCCGGAGUCUCCGAAGUUCGGCCAGAAGGCCUCGACGCUGUGCUGGCGCGCCUCGAUGAAAACGCUGCAUCCUUUGCCAAGGAAGCUGCCCAACUGGAGGCCGCAGAUGCCGCCAACAAGGUGUCCGAGAUCCACUCCGGAAGGUAG